AUGGAUUCCGCUAAGCAGCCUGUCAAGCUUGUGAAGGUCACCCGCGUCCUGGGCCGUACCGGCUCCCGCGGUGGUGUCACCCAAGUCCGCGUCGAGUUCAUGGACGACGAGACCCGUUCCAUUAUCCGUAACGUCAAGGGACCCGUCCGUGAGGACGACAUCCUCUGCUUGCUCGAGUCUGAGCCAUUGGCUAACCCAAACAAAAGAUUGCAGAUCUCUACCAAUCAUACUUCGAACAUGGCUGCGGCUCCCAAGCCACCCAAAGAGCACUUCAACGUCCUGUUCUUUGCAAGCGCUGGCUCCUUCACGUCCAAACAAUAUGAGGUGUUACCAGCCCCUCUCCCCUUGAAGAAGCUAUUCGAUGCGCUUGAAGAGAGACACGGCGGGUUCAAGGAGAGGUUCUUAGAGUCGUGUUUGGUGACGGUCAACUUAGAAUACGUAGAUAUCCCGGGGCCGGAUGACGAGGACGGUCCGAUGAUACUGUCCGGCGAUGAAGUAGCCAUCAUUCCUCCCGUACCGCCGCUUGAAGGUUGCUCCCACGGGAACGUCAAUGUCUUGGUCCUGCGGCUUGUUACGGAUACUCCUCAGGGGCCAGUCCUGGAGGAUGCUGCACUGCAAGCAAUAUAA